AUGGCCGCACGCGAGUCCAUAUCACUCGAAGACGUAGCAAGGAUGCCCACACCGGGUCUUAACUCUCCCGUCAACGUAAGCUUUAGUCCGGACGGUCGUAUCAUGGCCUUCUUGCACGCUCCAGGGCCUCAAAGCAGUUUCUCGCGUCAAUUAUAUGCACUGGACGUGGCCUCUCGCCGCGUGUCGCUUCUUGCGGCAUCACCGGGUAAAGGCAACACAGAAGAUAAUAUGAGCUAUAAUGAGAAGCUUCGACGUGAGCGUCAGCGUCAAAUGGGGGUCGGGAUCACGUCCUACGCGUGGAAUCCGUCACCUCAUUCCCAUUCCUGCUCCAAUUUUCUUACCUAA